AUGGGUGACUACGUGCACGUCAACAUGGCCAAGCGUCCCGUCCGCGUGGGCAACGUCUCUGGCGCAACAGGUGACUUCUCCCACGCAAUGCGCCGCAUGGUCUCGAGCGGCCAGUGCGAUGUCGUCACCGGCGACUGGCUGUCCGAGAUGAACAUUGCGUGGAACGCCGUCACCAAGCAGGAGGUGGACCCCAAUCUGGGCUACGAGAAUGGCUUCUACGUGCAGCUGGAGGAGUGUCUGGACGACAUUGUCCGCGGAGGCAUCCGCGUGGUGACCAAUGCCGGGGCGCUCAACACGGAGAGCUUGUAUACCAAGGUGAAGACGCUGCUCGAGGCGCGUGGCUAUGAUCACGUCGUGGUGGCGGCUGUCUAUGGCGACGAUGUGUCCGAUCUCGUGCGGAUCGUGCUCUGUAGACGCGGAACGGAUGCUAGCCCCGUCAUGGGCGCUGCCGCAUGGUGGCACGACUGGGACGUUUCGUCGUCGCACGAGCAGCUCGCUGGGUCGUUGCUGGCGGCGCACCUGAUCGAGUGUGGGCCGUAUGUUGUGGGCGCCAACUUCUCCGGGUUCAAGGACUUUCUGCCCGAGCUCGUUGAUCUGGCGUUUCCUAUGGCGGAGAUUGACUAUCAUGGUGGAUGCGUCACUAGCAAGACGAGUGAGGGAGGAGGACGGGUGACAAGGGGCACCGUCACGGCGCAGCUGCUGUACGGGCUGCAGGGGCAUCUGUACCUCAAUCCAGAUGCUGUGGCCGAUCUGUCUGGCGUAUGGGUGGAAGAUGAGGAGGCUGCCAACCGCGUACGUGUGACGGGGGUCAAGGGGCUGCCGCCACCGCCGACGACCAAGGUCAUGGUGGCUGCCAAGGGAGGCUUCCAGGCCGAGGCGAUGUUCUACAUCAACGGGCUCGACGUGGCGGCCAAGGCGGAGAUGAUGCGAGCACAGCCGGCGCACGUCUUCGGGGACAGCAACUUCUCCCGCUUGAGCAUCGAGCUGUACGGCACAGCCGCUUCGAACCCCUCGUCGCAGCAGCAGGGCACCGUCUCGCUGCGUAGCUACGCUGGGUACCACAUGAACCUGGACUUCCGGACGAUGAGUCCCAAGCUGUUCAUGGAGAUGUUCCCGGCCAUGAUGAGCCUGGCGAACAUUGACCACCGCGUGGCGCUGAGCGACGGGCAGACCAUGGCUAUCCCGCCGCACGAGGUGACGAGGGUGUACCCGACCGUGCGGCCUACGAGCGACACGGCCAAGCCGGUCGACUUGCUGGCGUACGGGCCGAGCGAGUUUGCGCCCCUGGGGAGCAUCGUGCACGCGAGAUCGGGGGAUAAGGCGGACAACUCCAACGUGGGCUUCUUUGUGCGGCAUGAUGAUGAGUAUCCCUGGCUGCGGAUGCUGCUGAGCACGAGCAAGCUCAAGAGCCUCCUUGGCGAGGACUGGUUCAGGGGGGACACGAUGAGGAGGGUGGAGAGGGUUGAGUUUCCAGGCAUCAACGCUGUACAUUUCCGGAUCAUGGACAACCUGCACGGAGGCAUUGCGUCGUCGGAUCGCAUCGACGGCCUUGGAAAGGGCAUUGCAGAGUAUCUGCGGAGCCGGUACAUUGAUGUACCAAAGAGGUUUCUGGAGAGGGGGCGCAUAUAG